UUGCAGGGUAUUUUCUAGCAAGUGAAAUUUGUCACUGCAAAUUUGAUAGUAGCUGUUGGAAGUUUGUUUUAUUUGAACAUGAAAAACAUUGGCAAAUUUUAUGACAACAAAUACUGUUGGUAUUAGUGGAAAAUGACAAAUAGACAGUAUACAAUUUUACCGAAUUAUUGUCCAACUCUUAACAGAUUACUAAUAUGUAUGUUGGCAGUAUUUCUUCGUAUUCUCGCUUACAUUUAUUGCAUCGAUUUUCUGAAAAAGCGUCCAGAAUUAAACGUACCACAGAAUUCGUUCCGAAGACUUAUUGAUGGCGUACACAUGCUUAGAGAUGGCGUUUCUCCGUAUAAUGGCGAUAUGAUACAUUGCCAACCUGUACUGCUCUAUUUAUUCAGUGCAUUAAUCGAUCAUCCGAAGCUGUUGUUAAUAAUAUUCUUGUUGUUCGAUGUAGUGACAAGUGAAAUUUUACGCAUGGUAGCAGUAGUUUACAUGAAAAAUCAGGGAAGCAGUGCAGAAAAUAUCGAACGAAUUGCUGAUUUAGUUUCAAAAUGCUAUAUGCUCAAUCCUAUUGCUGUUGCCAGCUGUGCUAUUUUUAGUCUAUCAGUUGUUUGCAAUCUUAUUACUGCUCUAUUCGUUUUAGCAUUUGUAAAAGGUUCCCUAUUAUUUAGCUCGAUAUUAUUCAGUGUGCUUGUGCACCUAUCGCUUUAUCCAUCUAUUUACAUAUGCGCUUUGUUGGUGAAAUUUUCAUCAUUUAAGGAACGUACACUAACAAUUACAUCUUCGAUCAUUAUGCUGAUUGGAUUAUUGUUUUUUAAUCGUUUUUUGAAUGAAAAUAGUUGGAAUUACGUUGACUCAACAUAUAAGUUUUUGUUGGAUGUUCGUGACUUGACACCAAAUGUUGGCAUAUUCUGGUAUUUUUUCAUUGAAGUUUUCAACCAUUUUCGGCGCUUUUUUCUUUGGGUGUUUCAAGUCAAUAUCCUCGUUUACCUUGUACCCUUAUCAUUGACAUUAAGAUCCAAUGCUUUCCUCCUUCUACAUCAGCUAAUGAUUCUCACUUCUGUCUUUGCAUCGUAUCCAUCGAUGGCUGAGAGUUUGAUUUACCUCAGUUUAUUACCCCUUUUUGAAAAUUUAAUAAAGUAUUUCCGUUGGGGAUUGGUUUCCGGUGGAGCACUCUCAGCAACAAUCGUCUUAGCACCAGUAAUGUGGCAAAUGUGGAUUGUUACCGGUUCAGGAAAUGCAAAUUUCUACUUUGCUGCCACUUUAACUUAUUCCAUUGCCCAGAUCUUUUUGCUUACCGAUCUUCUUUAUGGUCAUUUACGCCUGAAAGUAAUCAAGGGAAGAGGAAUAACUGAUGAAAGCAAAAUAGCAGUUCUUAUGUUCAAGUAAAUUACGCAUUCAACAAUAUUAUCCUAUUGAAUUCUGUGAUCAGAUUGAAUUGUUGCUUUAUUUCGUUAUAUUUGGUCUGUGUCAUUCCAUCACUUCGAAGAGCAUACUUCUGUAUCAUUGUUUUUUCUUUUUUUUUUCUGCACACUAAUAUUUAAUAACAGAACAUAUUAAAUCAUAUGACAA